CCGUGCCUGGAGGAGGAGGCACCCAGAGGCCUCGUGGACUGACGUGGAGGCAGGGGUGGGUGAUGGCUGGGGGGACGUAAGGGAGCUCUACACACCCAUCUCCAACUUUUCCCUUCUUCUCGUUGCUGAACAGAGACAUGACGAAGAGGCGGUAAUUGACCGGGGAGGAGUGAGCAGUGUUGUCAGGAUUCACUAUGAGAUGGAGGAGUUGGAAGGCCACCGGAACCUGUCUGUGGGCAUGUGGAUGCCACCAGUGAGGCAGAGCCACCGGCACCACCGACCCCGCAGCCAGAAGCACCAGGAAGGUGACCAGGAGAAGGACUCUGCCCCAGUGGAGCAGGGCUACCACUACACCCCAUCCCAGCGGGUGCAGUUCAUCCUCGGGACCGAGGAAGAUGAGCAGCACACCCCCCAUGAUUUGUUCACUGAGCUGGAUGAGAUCUGCGUGAAAGAGGGUGAAGAUGCUGAGUGGAAGGAAAGGGCAAGGUGGCUGAAGUUUGAGGAGGACGUGGAAGACGGUGGCGAGCGCUGGAGCAAGCCCUACGUGGCCACGCUGUCCCUGCACAGCCUCUUUGAGCUGAGGAGCUGCAUCCUCAACGGCACAGUGCUGCUGGACGUUUCUGCCAACAACAUCGAGGAGAUUGCAGAUAUGAUCCUGGGCCAGCAAGAACAGUCCAAGGAGUUUGAUGAGUGCCCACGGGCGAAAAUUCGAGAAUUCCUCUUGAAGAAGCAUCACCACCAGAAUGAGAAGGAAAGAAGCAACAUUUUCCCCAUUCUGCUGUCUUUCUUUUUCCCACCAGCCCAAACACUCACCCCUCACCCUGCCACCACUGCAGGAGAUAAAAACGGGGUGAACCGUGAGACCAGCUCAAUGGAUUUAAGCAAGGCGGAGCUGCACUUCAUGAAGAAAAUUCCCACCGGGGCUGAAGCAUCUGACGUGCUCGUAGGAGAGCUGGAUUUCCUUCAGCAGCCCUUCGUGGCAUUUGUCCGCCUGACCCCAGCUGCCCUCCUCUCGGGCAUGAUGGAAGUUCCCAUCCCGAUAAGGUUCCUAUUUAUUUUGCUUGGACCAGAAGGAAAAGGCCAGCAGUACCAUGAGAUUGGCAGGUCAAUGGCUACUAUCAUGACGGAUGAGGUUUUCCAUGACGUUGCCUAUAAAGCCAAGAGCCGGGAUGACCUCGUGGCCGGCAUUGACGAGUUCCUGGAUCAGGUCACGGUCUUGCCACCAGGAGAAUGGGAUCCAUCGAUUCGAAUCAAGCCCCCGAAAAACAGUCCUCAACAGCAAAAAAGGAAGAUGCCAGCAGCUCCCGAUGACAGUGCUUCUCACAGCAAGCCAGAGAAACACAGCGGUCCUGAGCUGCAGCGGACAGGAAGGCUCUUUGGAGGUUUGAUCCGGGAUGUGAAGCGAAAAGCCCCAUGGUACUGGAGUGACUUUCGGGAUGGUCUGAGGCUGCAGUGUCUGGCGUCCUUCCUCUUCCUCUACUGUGCCUGCAUGUCCCCCAUCAUCACCUUCGGGGGACUGCUGGGGGAGGCGACCCAUGGCCACAUAAGUGCCAUGGAGUCACUGCUGGGCGCAUCCCUGACCGGUGUGGUGUUUUCCCUCUUUGCUGGACAACCUCUCACGAUCCUCGGCAGCACUGGACCUGUCCUCGUGUUUGAAAAGAUCCUCUACAAGUUCUGCAAGGAGUACACGCUCUCCUAUCUCUCCCUGCGGGCGUGCAUCGGGCUGUGGACUGCCGCCUUCUGCAUCGUGCUGGUGGCCACCGACGCCAGCUCCUUGGUGUGCUACAUCACCCGCUUCACCGAAGAAGCCUUUGCCUCCCUCAUCUGCUUCAUCUUCAUCUACGAGGCUCUGGAGAAACUGAAUCGUCUGCGGGAGACCUACCCUGUGCACAUGCACAGCAAGCUCGACUUGCUCACCACCUACUACUGUAAGUGUGAGGCACCGACCCAUCCCAGCAACAAAACCCUGCGCUUCUGGGAGAGCAACAAGAUCAACGUGUCCAGCAUCACCUGGGAAAACCUCACGGUGGCUGAAUGUCAGUCUUUGCAUGGAGUGUUUCAAGGACCCGCCUGUGGACACAACGGCCCCUACGCACCCAAUGUCCUCUUCUGGUGCUGCAUCCUCUUCUUCUCCACCUUUGUGCUCUCGAGCUUACUGAAGAAGUUUAAAACCAGCCGUUACUUCCCAACCAAAGUGCGGUCCACAGUAAGUGACUUUGCUGUUUUCCUCACCAUCGUCAUCAUGGUGCUUAUGGACUUCAUGAUUGGGAUCCCAUCACCAAAGCUCCACGUCCCCCACGUGUUCAAGCCUACUAGAGACGACCGCGGGUGGUUCAUCAACCCCCUAGGACCGAACCCUUGGUGGACGGUGUUGGCUGCGCCCAUCCCAGCUCUGCUCUGCACCAUCUUGAUCUUCAUGGAUCAGCAGAUCACUGCUGUCCUUGUGAACAGGAAGGAGCACAGGCUGAAGAAAGGAUGCGGGUACCACCUGGACCUUUUCGUGGUGGCCGUGAUGCUCGGGGUGUGCUCUGUGAUGGGGCUGCCCUGGUUUGUGGCUGCGACCGUCCUGUCCAUCACCCACGUGAAUAGCCUCAAAGUAGAAUCUGACUGCUUAGCUCCGGGAGAACAACCCAAGUUCCUGGGGAUACGAGAGCAGAGGGUCACGGGCUUGAUGAUCUUUGUGCUCAUGGGUUGCUCUGUCUUCCUCACGUCUGCGUUAAAGUUUAUCCCAAUGCCUGUGCUUUAUGGCGUCUUUCUCUACAUGGGCACGUCGUCACUCAGAGGAAUUCAGUUCUUCAACCGCCUGAAGCUGUUUUGGAUGCCAGCAAAACACCAGCCAGAUUUCAUCUACCUGCGGCACGUCCCCUUGCGAAAGGUGCAUUUGUUCACCAUGAUCCAGCUGAUCUGCCUCGUCCUGCUCUGGGCCAUCAAGGUGUCCCCAGCCGCCAUCAUCUUCCCCAUGAUGGUUUUGGCUCUCGUUUUUGUCCGGAAAGUGAUGGAUUUCUGCUUCUCGCAGCGAGAGCUCAGCUUUCUGGAUGACCUUAUGCCAGAAAGCAAGAAGUUGCUGGAUGAUGAGAAAAAUGAAGCCGAAGGGGAAGAGGAGUCCCAGAUGAUGAUGGAACCUGCUGCUGCUGCUGGAAAUUCAGUUCAGCUGAACCUGGGGAAGACCAGUGACUCAGCUAUCCCAGAGCAAAGCAGUGACAGGACCGAUCCUUCCGAGGUUGGUAUCUCAGGUGAAAUUUCAACAACGGACGUAUGGAAGGCUGUCCCCGUGAGCACAGAAGCACGCUGAAUGUGGGGAGGGAAGAGUUUUCCUGUCGGGGCAUCUUGACUUUGAAGGAGAGGAGUAAGGACAUGACUCAGGGACGUGCCAACGCAGACACAGGGAGGAGUGACUUUUUUUGCAUGUAGAGGAUUCCCAUUAAAGCCGUGCAGGUGUUUUCUGUUA